AUACCCAUCUUCUUCCUCCUCUAGAAUCUAAAAUCUUAAAUGCUAUUGUUUAUCUUUAUAAAAAAAAUAAAAAAAUAAAAAAAUUGUGAAUUUUAGUUUUGAAGAAGACGAUGCAGACACCAUGUCUCCACCUCUACAAGACAACCUUAGGGUUUCAUCAGACCCUAAAAUCAAAGUCACCUCUCUUCAAUUGUCAUAAACUGAACCCUGAAAGAUUUUCUGCCCAAUGCCAGAGUAAACCUCACCAGCGCCCAAAUUUACAAGGAGUGAAAGUGAAGGCCAAAAAGGAAAAUAUUUGGAGCAUUGACAAUGAAAUGGCAAAAAAUGCUGCAGUGAAAGAAAAAGGGAGGCCUAAACAGAGGAGAAGGAAAGGGAGGAGAGUUGUUAAAGGAAAGAGGCACAGAAAUGGUAGAAUUAUGGUAUCUAGUGCUAUGCUCAUGGAAGUUGAGACUGUUCUCCAAACUCAGGAACCUGUAAUAAGGCCACUGUGGAAUACAUUUGCAAGUAGUAUAAGUGGGAUAUGGAAGGGAGUGGGAGCAGUAUUUUCACCAAUUACUGCUGAAAUGGAACCUAUUGAAAUCGGAAGCAGAAAUGAAAAUCUAUAUGACUGUUACACUGUGUCUCAUAUACAAGCAGUGCCGUCUCUGUCUGGAGGACUCACAUCACAAAUUCAAAGGAAGAUAAAUUGGGUCACUUUGAAUCCUCAUGGUGAAGUAUUGCAGUAUGUUGGAGGAAGUAAUACUAGUAAGGAAGAGCUCAAAGAUGGAAAUGCAUCUUUAUCUGCAAAUCCAAGCCACACUUUGCCUGCUUUUGAGUCUUUUGACUUUGAAAAAAGUGAUUUACUAGAAGAUGAUGUCAUGGGCAAUGAACCUGGUCUUGUUUUCUUUGAGGAUGGAUCCUAUUCUAGAGGUCCAGUUGAUAUUCCAGUCGGCAAAGUUGAUGAUUCAAAUUAUUAUCUUUCUCCAACUUUUAAAUUUGAACAAUGUUUGGUUAAAGGUUGCCAUAAAAGACUUCGAAUUGUUCAUACGAUAGAAUUUAGCAACGGGGGUUCAGAGAUACAGAUAAUGAGAGUUGCCGUUUAUGAAGAAAAGUGGGUCAGUCCAGCAAAUAUGCAUGAUCAAAGUGAGAGAGAGGGAAGGAGAACAGGAGGGAGAAUACUUGCUAGUUUGAAAUUCUUCUCGCCAGAGAUUUGGGAUAGGAACCAACCUGUGGAUGAAGUAUUUAGGCUUGAUAUGGUAUAUCUGCUUGAUUUUGAUCUGGAGUUUGAUGUAAAGCCAUUUUCUCAGCGCAAACGAACCCAGCCUGUGGAGCUCACUGGGUCUUGGAAGGUGUUUGAGGUGAGUGCUACUCCAGUAUUUGGAGAUGAUAUGCUGACUGAGGACGGCAGUGGUGCCCCGUAUGUCUACCUCUGUACAGAAGCCUUGAAAAAGAGGAGCUUGCCUGAGAAUCCAGUCUACUUUGGGGAGGAGGAAAUGGCAGAUAUGCAGGAUGCCACUGUACUUUGGCUGCCAGGUGGUGUUACAGGGUAUGUUGAUGUCCAAAAGGAUGGCAUCUUGUGCAUAGGAGUUGGGUGGUAUUCGGAUGAGGGAAUCAACCUCGUGAUGGAAAGGGAUUAUGGAUUGGAUGGGAAGCUGAAGGAAGUCCGAUGGAAAUCUGAGGUAAAGAGGAGGUGGUCUGAUCUGCAUCCUGUAUAAAUUUGUACUUGUUAAAUUACUGUCUGUUAACAUAGAAAGUUUCAUUUGUAUAUUAUAUGGUUGACAAGAUAAAGACAUACAAAGUUCAAGAUCUUUUACA